CCCAGAAGUCCACUGGCGUGUUGCGCAGCCGCAGUCGGGCGCCGCUGUAUGACGCUAAUUUUGUUGUCUUAACCUAGUUACUGUACUGCUCUGUCGUCUGUGUCAGCCAACAAAAUGUAUGUCGCAGUUAUGUAGCCCAGCUAACGCCACACAGGAAUGGUACUGUGCUGAGUGAGCAGCUCGCUUCAGCCCGCCCUCAGGCCGCGGACUGCCAAGCCGCUUCGGGCUCAUCUCCGGCUUGUCGGCUAGCCAAGUCAGCUAACUUGCUAGCCGCACGCUAGCAAACAGGCUAGUGUGAGGUUGCGAUGCGGUGCUGUUUGUUUUGCCUCUCUCUCGUCGUCAGCACAUAAGCUAACCUAGCUAGCUGGCUGUUUUUUUUUUUUUUUUAACCUUAUGCUGUGACGGCAAGCUGUCCGACCGACGGAUCCGGCUGGCUUGGUUGUUUCGUGUGUUGUGAGGCAAAACACACACACCGCAGUCCCUCUUCUUAAUGCUAUUUUUGCUACCAAGUGUCCAGCUAAGAUGUGGCAAAGUGUCGGGCUCACAGUGCUGGUCAUUGUGGCCACACUUGUUUGUGCAUUGCUGUUCAUGCUGUUUGGUUGGUAUGUAGUCUGGCAGCUGUUCCUGUCCAAGUUUAAGUUUCUGCGUGAGUUGGUGGGGGAUGCAGUGUCUCCACAGGCCGAGACUCAGCCGUCCGAAACCAAGAGUGACCGUUCCUCCAGCGCCACUCAACGCAAUCGGCCCAAGACUGCACGCCAAAGAAUCGCCUCGCCAGAAAGCACCUCAUAGACCAUCCAAAUAGCUACUGUGUAUCCUUCACACCUUUAUCUGCUGCUCACCAUGACUGCUCGUCAGCCAGCUCCAAAUGUCGUGUCUGAUCGUUACAGAUUAUUUCCCAUCCACCCUUCAAUCUACACUACGCAUGGACCUUGCCGGCAGUCGAAACUCGGCCCCUUUCUUGUCCAGGACACUUUAAACUGACCAGGCAAAUAUCCUGGUUUCAAAGGGAUAAGCCAUCAAAAUCACUGGCCAUUUUGUUUGUGUCACCUGUUGAAGUGUGUGUAUGUGUGUGUGUGUGUGUAUAGUAUACAUGUGUACUGAGCAGCACGUCUGGGGCUUUCCUCAUGGUGCUGCGAUAGUGACGAUCAGCUUUCAUUAGCUGUCAAGCUGCUGCCUGUCACCUACGUGGGACAUAAAUUUACUCCAUCACACCAAGACACAUGACGAUAAUGCUCUUAUCAUGAUUCUGUGUGUACACUUUAUACUGUUGGAUCUUGUAUUUUCAGUAGUAGCCAGACAGUGUAGGUCAAUAACUGUUAAAAAACAAACAAACAAAAAAAAAAAAACGAGAUUGUCUGCACAAUUUCAAAAGGAACAACUAAAGACAAAUUCAAAACUGAAAGAAACAGUUUGUAUAACUGACACCGUUUUCGUUUUUAACAACAAAAAACUUUGUAAUAACACAGUUGCAAUGAAAGGAAUGUUGUUUUAUUUUUGCUGUCAUUGUGUUGUUGUGAAUAAUCAUGCUUAAGAUGGAGAGCAUCACACCCAGUAAUUAAUGCCCAGAGCCCCCCAGGAAGUCAACAAAUGACAGCCCUUCAUUCCAGUCGUCUAAUGAUGUGAGCUUUUUCUUUCUUCUUUACCCCUUCAUGGACUUACACUUGAAGUCAGGAGAAAGUUUCAAGGCAGUGACGGAUUUUUUUGGACUAUCUGGCGUGCAAUAAUAGCUGUACACGUUGUUCGCUGCCUUCCUGGAGUGUCCAACCAGGCUCCCUGCUGCAGAAAAAACCCGCCCUAGUGGUGUGUGAGCCCUCUCCCGCUCCCUGUGCCUCUGUCUGUACCAGUGCCUGUCGAGAUGGCAUCCACUGUUCGUUACAUGGCCUCUGAUCCUUUACAAUAGCAAACAAUAGCUUGGUUUCCAUUACGGGGCAAAACAAGGCUGACCAGGGCUUAAGUCAUUAUGUAUGUCACGUAGCUUCCCUCCAAAUGAAACUUAGGACUCUUGCACCUUGUUACCGGCAGUGAUUUUGCAACCGUAGUUUUGAGUAAGUAAACAACGCUAUAAACA